UGGGUGGCUGAGAGCUGCUGGGGGACCAGGACGGGGACACCACUUCACGGGAACCCCGCGGACCCCUCCAGACACCCRCGGAACCCCACGAGCCCCCCGGGGUCCCUGCGAACCCGGCCUGACCCCCCCGGACCCACCAGGCAGGAGAGUGUCCACCCCCACCGUGCCCUGGGUCCCCGGGGCCGAGGUGGAGCCAGAGAAGAUGGAAGCAUCGGGAUGCGCCGGCUCAGCGUGGCUGGUGGUCCCCAAGGCGGAGGUGACCCCCGAGGGUGAUGGAGACGAUCCAGGGGACCCGGAGCUCCAUGGCUCAGGGCAGUGGCUGGUGCGGAAGGUGAAGGUGGAGGAGGAGGAUGACGAUGAGGCCUGGGCGGCUGCAGCCGCAGCCGGAACCGGGGCCGAGGCCCCGCUGGCUCCGCAGCCCCUUCCCGGCRCCAUCCCCCCUGAUGCCGCCGGGACACUGGAACACGCUGGUGCCUGCAAAGUGGAGGAGCCAUGUCCGGAGGAGCUGGGGUACGGGGCACUGCCAGUCUGGGGGCCAGGGCCACCCCUGGACAGCAUCGGGAUCAGCUUUGGCGUCGGCACAGGGAUGAGCCCCGGCCCCACCGGGUGCGGGCGCUGCUCCCGGCCCGGCCCGCGGCCAUUCUGCUGCCCGCAGUGCGGGAAGGCCUUCGGCAAGAAGGCGCACCUGACAAGGCACCUACGGGUGCACACGGGCGAGCGGCCCUUCCCCUGCCCGCACUGCGGCCGCCGCUUCCGGCAGCGCAUCCACCUGCGCUCCCACAUGCGCACGCACACCGGGGAGCGGCCCUACCCCUGCCCGCGCUGCGCCCGCCGCUUCCGCAAGAAAACCCACCUGGACCGGCACCUGCGCACCCACACCGGGGAGCGCCCGCACCCCUGCCCACGCUGCACCCGCCGCUUCGCCCACCGCCAGCACCUCCUGCGGCACCUGCGCCUGCACGAGGACCCUGCGCCGGGGCACGGACACCACGAUGGGGACGGGGAAGGACACGGGGAUGGCCCUGCCGAGGAGAAGCCGCUGACCUGCGGGGGGUGUGAGACAAACCUCACCUGGAAGCAGAACCCGGCGUCGCACCUGCCACUGCACGUGGGAUCAGUGCYGGGGGCCAGGAAUGGACACCUGGAUGGACACCAGGAUGGGGACAGGGACAUCCCCUCUGAGGAAAAGCCGCUCCCUUGCUCCCGGUGCGGGACGAGCCUCACCUGGAAGCAGAGCUCGGCAUCGCAUCUGUGGCAGCACCUGGAGAACCAAGCCCYGGACUGCGCCGAGUGUGCCCAGGACCCCCAGCACCCGCUGCAGUCGCCGCAGGGGCCCGGAGCCCAGGAGCCCCAGCAGCCAUCACAGUUGCCCGGUGUGGAGUGCUCCUUCACACAGGACCCCCAGCUCCUGUCACAGGUGUCCAGUGCCAACUGCGGUCAUGGCAGUGCCCGGGACCUGCAGUCCCUCCUGCAGCCCUCCCAAGUGCCCGGUGCUCAGGAACACCAGCACCUGCCGCAGGUGCCCAGUGCCAAACUUGCCCACAGCUGCAGCCAGGACCCCUCGCAGYCACCGCAGGUGCCCCCCGCCCAGCGCCCCUUCACUUGCCCGCAGUGCGGGCGYGGCUUUGGGCGCAAGGCACACCUGGCACGGCAUCUGCUGGUGCACUCRGGCACCCGGCCCCACGCCUGUGCCCGCUGCGGCCGCCGCUUCAGCUCCAAGACCAACCUGGGCCGGCACCAGGCCGUGCACACGGGCCUGCGGCCYCACUGCUGUACCCGCUGCGGCCGCAGCUUCACCCGCAAAACUCACCUGGAGCGCCAUGAGCGCACCCACAGCAACAGGAUGGGCACAGAGACGGGCACAGCCACCACUGGCACAGGGAUGGGCAUGGCCACCGCUACCACUGGCACCAGCAUCACUGGGUCCCAGCUGGGCUGGCCAGAGCCCCCCACCCUCUGUGUGCCCCACAGAGGUCCCCAUGCCUCCAGUUUCCUCCCAGAUGCACCCCAUGAUCUCCCUGCAGGGAUGGAGGGGCGCGGGGAGGAGGCGCCAGAGCCRGAGGUGUCGGAGCCGUCGGAGGAGGAUGAGGAGGAGGAGGAGGACGAUGGUUCUGGGGUGCGAGUGACACCGGCGCUGCUCAAGGCCACCACRGGCGAGUUCUCACUGGAGUCCAUCCUGCUGCUGCGGUUGCGUGGCCGCGGCAUUGCCCACCUGGGCUGCCUGGCCGACUGCUCCAACCUGGAGUGGCUGGACCUGUCCGACAACGCCAUUGCGGGGCUGGCGCCGCUGGCCACGCUGCGCGCCCUGGCCGUGCUCAACCUGGCCGGAAACCGCGUGGCCAGCGUGGAGCCGCUGCGGGGCUGCCGCAGCCUGCGCCAGCUCAACCUGGCCGGGAACCGCCUGCGCAGCCUGCGCCAGCUGCGCUGCCUGCAGGGRCUGCGGCACCUGGAGAGCCUGCGGCUGCGGGACCCRCUGGGCAACCUGGGCAACCCGCUGUGUGCCACGCCCACAUACCGCGCCGCGCUGGCUGCCAUGCUGCCCGGCCUCAAGGCCAUCGAUGGGCAGCGCGUGGCCGGCCGCGGCAGCGAGCUCUUCCGCCUGUGCCGCGAGCUGGACGCCGCGCUGGACGCUGACGCCGCGCCUGCCGCACCCGCAGAGCCGCCGCAGCCRUGGGUGCAGGCUGGAUUCUGGGAGCCACGGCCACCGCGCCGCAGCGCUGUGCUGGAGGAGGCCACGCGGCAGCUGGGCCAGGCCCUGCGCGAGUGCCGCGAGCUCGGCCGCCGCGCCGACGACUCCAUCGCACAGGCCCAGCGCGCUUGUUCCCACCUCCCGGGGUUGUUCCCGGCUGCCAGGGUUGUUCCCGGCUCGACAAGUCGAUGCCGCGCGGGUCCAUUCCCUGCUCCGGGGCCGUUCCCGGCGGGCGCAGCCGCCGCUCCCACUCGUUCCCACCUAAUCCGUUCCAUUCCAUCCCGAACUACAACUCCCAGCGCUCCCGAGCUCUCGCCGUUCACAGCCAGAUCCGGCCCCGCUCGGCGCCUUCCGCACCCCAAAUUCCGGGGGGAGGAGGAGGAGAAGRGGGGUGGGGGCGAGGCCGCCGGAGCCGCUCCGGGGCUGCCGCACUCCUCCGGCCUGGCUCCCACUCCCGUUCCUAUUCCCAACUCCCACUCACAUUCCCGCUCUCCCAGGACCCUGCCGCGGCCAUUUGAGAGAGUCGGUGGCGGAAGGAGACCAGGAAAAGGCUGGGAAGAGGCCGGGAAAGAGCCGGGAAGCAGCUGGGAAAGAGCCCUCGAAGAGGCCGGGAAGGGGCCGGGAAGGGGCCCCGGAGGAGCGAUGUCCGCGGGGGGAGCGCCCCAGCCUGCCCACGCCCUGGAUCUGCUCCCGUAUUCCCGGCUGAGCCCGGCACCGCGGGCUGCAUCCCAGCUGGAUGCCGUUGGCGCCGAGAUCCCGUCAGAUCCCUGCACAGGGUACCGGUUCUUCAAGCCRGGGGGUUUGUUUGGGAUGAAGCCGCCGGAGGAGCCAUUCGGAGCCRCGCGGACGGGCCCGGAGGAUUCCAAGGCCCUGGGCAGUCCCUGCGCUGUGGAGCCUGGGCGGGUGAGCAAGGUGGAACCCGAGGAGAAGCCCGGCAUCGGCGCCGGCUCCCUGGAGCUGUUCCCGGCCGCGGGCGGCAGCUCUGGCCGCUGGUUCCCUGGCGGGCAGCGCGGGCCUGAGCCCCCCCGGGACCCCCCGGCCCCCCGAGCCGGCUGUUGGGGGGCCCAGGGGGGYGUCCCCGGCCCCUUCCGCUGCGCCCAGUGCGGGAAGGGCUUCCGGCAGAAGCAGAGCCUGGUGACGCACGAGCGCAUCCACACCGGGGAGAAGCCAUUCCGCUGUGGGGACUGCGGGAAGAGCUUCAGCCAGCGGCCCAACCUGCUGACACACCGGCGUGUGCACACGGGCGAGCGGCCCUUCCCCUGYGCUCAGUGUGGCAAGAGCUUCUCGCAGAAGGCCAACCUGCUGGCGCACCAGCGCAUCCACGGUACCCACCCCGAUGAGGGCAAGGCGCGGGCGCGGGCACCGGCGCGGGGCUGCGCUGAGGAUGCGCCCUUCGUGUGCCCUGAGUGUGGAAAGAGCUUCCGGCAGAAGCCCAACCUCAUCACGCACCGGCGCAUCCACACGGGUGAGCGGCCCUUCUCCUGCUUCCUGUGCGGCCGCAGCUUCAACCAGAAAACCAACCUGGUGACGCACUACCGGGUGCACACAGGUGAGCGGCCCUUCGCCUGCGCCCAGUGUGGCAAGCGCUUCACCCAGAAAACCAACCUGGUCACGCACCAGAGCACCCACACCGACCUGCGCCCCUUCCCCUGCGCCCAGUGCCACAAGUGCUUCAAGGACAAGGUGUCCCUCAAGGCCCACCAGAAGACGCACAUCCCCCGCCAGCGCCGCUGCCCCGCGCGCGGCCCGGCCCCUGCCGUGCCCUUUGGGGCCCCGCCCGCCCUGCUGCCCUCCGCACCCACCCCGCAGGACCCUGCCCCCUUCGCCCCUCUCCUGCCCGCCCCAAAGCCUCCCGAGGGCGCUGAGUUGUUCCCAUGCCCCGAGAAGGGCUUCCCCCCACCAGCCCCAGGCGAGCCCCCCUUCCCCUGCGCCCACUGCAGCGAGGGCGUCUGCCCCAAGGUGCCCCUGCUGCGGCCCCCUGAGGCGCCCGCGGCCACAUUUGCCCCCGCCCCCCCCCUCCUGGGGCCCCUGGGGGUACAGCUGGGGCCGGGGGACGCUGCAGCCCCCCCGGAAAAGCCGUUCAUCUGCAACCAGUGCGGGAACAGCUUCGGGCUCUGGCUCGCCCUCGUCGCCCACCAGAAGAGCCACGCAGGGCAUAAGCCGUGCCCUGGGGCCCCCCCCACCGAGCCGGGCACCGAGCAGUCCCCCGGGUCCCCCCCGGCUCGGGCGGGAGAGGGCCGGUCCUGGCCGUGCCCCGAGUGCGGGCGGGGCUUGGCGCAGUGCGGGCGGCCGCAGCGGCACGGGCACAGCCCCGGYGGGCGCGGCCCCUUCCGCUGCGACACCUGCGGCAAACGCUUCAGCCUCAAAACCAACCUGGCCACCCACCAGCGCAUCCACACAGGUGAACGGCCCUUCACCUGCGGCGUCUGCGGCCGCCGCUUCAACCAGAAGGGCAACCUGGUGACGCACUACCGGGUGCACACGGGCGAGCGCCCCUUCGCCUGCGCCCAGUGCGGGAAGCGCUUCGCACAGAAGCCCAACCUGCUGGCACACCAGAAGACGCACCUGGGCCGCCAGCCCUUCACCUGCCUCGAGUGUCCCAAGCGCUUCAAGAGCAAACUGUCCCUGCGGGUGCACCAGAGGGUGCACACCGGGACCCCCGGCCCAGCCCCCGGCGCCCCGGACCCCACCGGGAGUCCUUUCCCCUGCGGGCUCUGCGGAGAGGCCUGCGGGGAGCACGGGGGGCUGCGGCCGGGCCACGGUGGCGGCGAGCGGCCGCACGCCURCGCUGAGCAGCUGCACACCUGUGCCAAGUGCCCCCACACUUGCACCGAGCAUCCCCACGCCUGCGCUGAGCGUCCUCACGCCUGCACCGAGCAACCCCAUGGCUGCGCCGAGCGUCCUCACGCCUGCGUCGAGCGGCUCCACACCUGCGCCGAGCAGCGCUGUGCCUGUGCAGAGCACCCUCACGCCUGUGUGGAGCGGCCCCACCCCUGCGGGCAGCCACACCCCUGCACCGAGCGGCCGCCCCCUUGUGCUGAGUGUCCCCACCCCUGCGAGCAGCCCCACGCCUGCACCAAGCGGCCCCACGCGUGCGAGCAGCCCCAUGCCUGUGCCGAGUGUCCCCGUGGCUGCGUCGAGCAUCCUCACACCUGCGCCGAGCAUCCUCGCCCCUGCGAGCGGCCCCACCCCUGUGAGCGGCCCCACACGUGUGCCGAACAGCCCCACGCGUGUGCAGAAUGUCCCCACGGGUGUGCCGAGUGUCCCCACGGCUGCGCUGAGCGGCCCCACACGUGUGCUGAGUGCGGGAAACGGUUCCGGCAGAAGGUGAACCUGGCCGUGCACCUGCGGACGCACACCGGGGAGCGGCCGUUCCGCUGCGCUGACUGCGGCAAGGGCUUCAGCCAGAAGGCUCACCUUCUGCGGCACCGCCGCACCCACGGCGCCGGCCUGCCCCCGCCCUGUGUCACCGGGGACCCGCUGGGCAAGGCCCCUGAGCCCCCCGCGCUGUUGCUGCCGCCCUGCUCCCGCGGGGUCCCCCCAGUGCGCCCCGACAGUCCCACGGGUGCCGCCGACAUCCUCCUGCAGCUGAUGCAGGACGAGCCUCCCCCGGGCCCCGGCGCCGCCCCGGCCCCAGCGCCCCCUUGCAAGUGCCCCGGAGGGGGCCCGAGCCCCCGGGCGCCGGGGCUGCCCCCUCCGUGCUGCUGCGCCGCCUGCCUGGCCCCCCGCCCGCCUGAGCCCCACCGUGGGCAGCUCUGGCCCAAGGCCGGCGGCUGCGCUCGGGCCUUCGAGGAGAAGCGAGUGCCAGGAGUGCCGGAGCAGGAGCGUGGUGAGGAGAAACCGGCCCCAUGUCCCGGCUGCCUGUGAUGCCCCCGGGUCCUGCCCCGCUGCCUGUGACCCUCACGCUGGGAUCUGCACCGAGACCUCUCCAGGACCCCCCCCCUCCCCGGUUGCCUGUGAUCCCCCACAUUGGACUCCCCAUGGGACCCCCACUGGCAAAGGCGGGCCCUUGGCUCCUUCGCUCCCCCAGAGCRGACCUGGAGGAGGAUGGAGCGGAGAGGACAUAGCCAAACAGAUGGAGCCGAGGCAUUGGUGACAAGGUGCUGUCACCAGUCAGAUACAGCGCUGGGACUUGGAGAAGCCUCCAUCAGGGGCUGAUGGGGCAAAGCAGAGCCAGACUGGGACACUGCACGUUUCUGGCUCUGGAAGACACCAAAGGGCUGSAGGGGACAGUGCUGGACCUGUGUCUGCCAUGUUGGCUUCAGCCCCACAGGCCAGGAAAGGCUGGACACAGUGGAUUUGCAUCCACUGGAGUCAGACUUGGGACAAGAGGGGCCUUCAAGGGCUCCGUCUAACUUCCGGGACCCUCCAUCCUAUUCCAGAAUGGAUGGCAUUCCCCCGGGACACAGCUGGGAUGGGAGUGCCUUGGGAUGGACUCUUCCUGCAGCAGGGUGACCUCCUGAGAUCCCGGGGGCAGCUCCAAGCAGAGGAGUUGGGGGAACACUGGGAAAACAGCCUGGAAAACAGCCUGGGAGGGCUCAGCUCUGCUUCCAGAAGGGCCCUUGGAGAUGCCUCCGGUGCCAGGGGGUGGGGGGGCAGCUUGUGCUUCUGCUUGCUCUGGAUAACUGCGCGCUUUGGGACUCAAUAUUCUGGGAUGGGGUGGCUGCUGGAGCCGGAGUCAGAGCCGUGGGGGUGGUGGGGGCUGCGGGAGGUUCCGGGGGCACGGGGUGCUUUGCUGGGGUUUGCUUGGUGUUCCCCCCGGUGUGACGCAGCCAGGGAUCCACGCCCUCGGGCUGAGCUUCACCCACAGAGACCGGGAGCUGCCAUUGCUUCAUCCCAAAGGAAAUCAGAUGUUCUGAUGGGACCGACACCGGGACAGCCACCACUGGAGCUCUGGCCGGGCAGGAGGUCUCACCCCGCUUCCCCUUCCCCCAGCUCUGCUCUCCGCAAUUCUAUUUUUUGAGGUUAUUUAAAAUAAAAGCUUCUGAUGGC